CGUUACUGUGUCGUUAAUUAAACAUUACAUGUAAAUGGAGAGAAAGAUGAUGUGCGAAAUAAUCUUAUUUUUAUAUUGUUAGUACGUUUAUUUUUGUGAAGCGAACCUAAUAGUAGCUAUGUCAGCCAGCCACGUCGCAAGGUACGGGAGAGUUUGGUUGAUCAUGUUGUUAAUGUCCAGAAUAUUAAUUCCCUGACAACUAUGAUGGCUGGCUAGCUGCUAACCCACCACCAACUGGAUUUAGCUACGCACUUGGUUUGAAAACUAUAGUCCCAGACCAUGAACUACGUGGGGCAGCUGGCAGAGUCGGUGUUUGUGACGGUGAAGGAGCUGUACCGGGGCCUGAACCCGGCCACCCUCACGGGGGGCAUCGAUGUCAUCGUGGUGCGCCAGCCCGACGGCAGCCUCCAGUGCUCGCCGUUCCACGUGCGCUUCGGCAAGCUGGGGGUGCUGCGCUCCAAAGAAAAAGUGGUGGACAUUGAGAUCAAUGGGGAGCCAGUUUACCUGCAAAUGAAGCUGGGGGACAACGGAGAAGCUUUUUUUGUGGAGGAAAAUGAGGAUUUUGAGUCCAGAGUGCCAGCCCACCUCUGCACGUCGCCCAUCCUCAUCGAGCUCCCAGAGGGGGCCGAGGAGACCUUCGAAGGCCCCCCCACUUCCGGUAGCGCACGCAGGAAAAAGCGGCGGCGCAAACGCAUACGCUCCGACUCCCACCUAAGGGAUGAUGGCAGCUCCUCGUCCGAUGAGAGGGAGAGAGAGCGGGAGCAGACAGAACAGGAGAGCCCUUCCAAAGAGGAGCUCACCACACCCAUGCUCGCCAGUAAGUCGGUGUACUUCUCGUUGUCUGAGCAACCGUAUGAACAGUUGGGGGCCGUGCAGACCAGGGACGUACACCCUCACUCCGAGGGAGAGUGGUCCCCCUCAGAGAGCAGUGUGUUCUAUAGUCGUCCUUCCUCCCCCAAGAGUGACUCCGAGCUGCUGGUGAAGCCUCAGGAGUCUUCAGGGCCUCAGAUGCAGUGGAACUGGGGUGGCUUUCCAAAGAUGUGUUUGGCGGAGAGGGGGACGGUGGAGGUGCAGCGCAUCUCCCCUGGCAUCCACUGCUCGGACAGCUCCCACUUCCGCACCAUCCAGUGGCAGGACUCCUUCGACAUGGGCCAGGAGCCCGGUUUCAGCUGUGGCCGAACGAACAGUAGCGUGACGGUGGUGGUCAGGCCCAAGCCCAGGACCGGACCAGCGGUCCCACCCACAGAGAGUUCCCCCAUAGACCUGGAGAGAACCUCCAGCCCACAUCACCCCACCGCAGAGCCACUGACUUUAGCAUCAUUAGCGAUGGCUAGCAUAGACUCUUCCCAGGCCCCAGGGCAUACAAAAAUGCAGCCCCAAGUAGAGACCCUGCAGGCAGGGGAGGAGGGAGCCAAGGAGUCUGCAUCCAACCUUGAGCUGAAAGAAGCAAGAACCUCCCUGGCUAACAUAGUUAGCAUUGCUAAUGUAGGAAAUGCUGAUAGCCUAGCUAGCGAAGGAAGCAUAGGCGAUGUUGAAUGUGUAGCUAACACAGUUAGCCUAAUUGAAAACGACUGCAUAGACACACACAUCCCAUCCAAAAAAGGUAGCAAAGCCGGCACAACCAGCACAGACAGGCUAGCUAGCAACAGCAUAGCUACUUUAGCAAACACUACUAGCUUACCUGACGCUGCUAGCUUAGCCAAUGCAGCUAGUUUAGCCUGUGUAGCAGGUCCCAACAUUAUCACAGAGUCUCUCGAUAGGAUAGAACACCCAGACCAGCACAGUGCCUUACCAGAAUCCAAUGGACAGGGGUUUGCAGAAGGAGUUAUCGUGAGUGAGGGCAACAGCGGGAUCAAGCCCUGCACCGAGGGAGGGGAGGAGAUGGAGAUCACAUCUGUUAUGACAGACAGAGCCACAGAGGACUCCCUGACCAAUCAGGCUGCGGAGAGUAUUGGAGUGGCAGACAUGGGAGCCACUGAGGCUCUGGGGGAGGAGCAUUCUGGCUCAGCAGUAACAAUGGGCAAAGCAGAGCACAGAGACAAGAAGAAAGGUAAACGCAGUCAGCACCUAGGACCCUCCGACAUCUACCUGGACGACCUGUCUAACCUUGACCCAGUGGUCGCAGCGCUCUACUUCCCGCCUAAAGGUGAGACAGAAGGGAGCUCGCGGCCGGGUGCUGAGCAAGGGUCUGGGUCUGGUAACCAGUCUCCCCAGUCGGUGGGCAGCGGGGCCAUGGACAGCGGCACAGAGUACCUGUCGGACUCCACCUCCGACCACAUGGAUGUCAGCAUGUCCCUCUGCGGCCGCACUGGCCACACCAGCCAAAUCAACAAAGAUAAGUUUAUGGAGCAAGUUGUGAACUACCAAGAUUUGGUGAGCAACCCUGGACUCAUCGAAGAUCCAAAUCUGGUUAUCUGCAUCAACUCAAAGUAUUAUAACUGGGCAGUAGCUGCCCCUAUGGUCCUGUCAAUGCAAGUCUUUCAAAAGAAUCUACCAAAGAGUGCCAUUGACCAGCUGGUGAAGGAUAAGAUGCCCAAAAAGUCUGGCCGCUGGUGGUUCUCCUGGAGGAGGAAGGACAUGGACACUAACCCAAACCAGACUGGAGAGAAUUCCAAGCAGGAUCAAGAGAAGGCACAAGCAGAGACUGAAGAAGCCUCAACCUCUGUUUCCGGUCACUCGACAACGAUACUGGCGACUCUCGAUGACCUGACAAGCGACGAGGAGGCGGGCCUGGGCCGAGACGGCAGCCUAUCAUCAGAGACCUCCGAGACCAUGACCACCGCCCAGUGUUUCAGCCAGAUGUACCGCAAGUCCCUACGCCUCACCUCCGAUCAGAUAGAGCGGUUGAACCUGCGGGAGGGGGCCAACAAGGUUGUGUUCAGCGUGACCACUCAGUACCAGGGCACCUGUCGCUGCGAGGCCGCCAUCUACCUGUGGAACUGGGACGACCGCGUCGUCAUCUCCGACAUCGACGGCACCAUCACAAAGUCUGAUGCUCUUGGGCAUAUCCUACCUCAGCUGGGGAAAGACUGGACGCACCAGGGCAUCGCCCGACUGUACCACAAAAUCCACCAGAACGGCUACAAGUUCCUGUACUGUUCGGCGCGGGCCAUCGGCAUGGCCGACAUCACCAAGGGCUACCUGCAGUGGGUGAACGACAAAGGCACCGUCCUCCCCAAGGGCCCCGUGCUGCUGGCCCCCAGCAGUUUCUUCUCUGCCCUGCACAGAGAGGUGGUGGAGAAAAAGCCCGAGGUGUUUAAGGUCGCCUGCCUUACCGACAUCCGAGAUCUGUUCAAUCCCCAGAGGCAGCCCUUCUACGCAGCCUUCGGUAACAGGACCAACGAUGCCUAUGCCUAUAAGAAGGUGGGUGUCCCUGACACCAGGAUCUUCACUGUGAACCCCAAAGGAGAGCUCAUUCAAGAGAAGACCAAAGGGAACAAGUCAUCGUACACACACCUCGGCGAGCUGGUGGAGCACUUCUUCCCUGAGAUCUCCAAGGAUGGGACGUCAUCCUCCUUCCACUGCCCUGAGUACAGCCACUUCUCCUAUUGGAGAGAGCCCCUACCACCACUGGACAUGUCCUCUCUGGACUAGACCCACACACACACACACACACCACUGGACCAGUCCUCUCUGGACUAGACACUCGCGCGCAUGCACACACACUGUCUUUCUUUCCUCACCUUUGCUCUCUCUCUCUGUCGAUCCCUUUCUGAAUUCAUAAAUAGCUUUACUAAGUGUUCAUUGCCUGGAAUAUUCUCGAUGUGAAAGGUUCUCAUUUAAAAUACUCUAUAUUAUCCUGUGUCAUUCAUCUCAAGCAAUAGAGAACAAAACUCAAGUGUAUGGAUUUCAAGGAAUUACUGGGUGACACACGCACAGACAUGCACAGAGCCAAAUUGAGACCAAAUAUGCAUCGAUGACUGUUCAUUUACACAACACUGUAUACUUCAUAUUGUGGAAUAUUUAUUGCAAAAAGUCACUGCACUGGCCGUGCCAUAUUGCCAUUAUCCAAACGAUACUGGAGCAAGGUACAUUUGUGCGUCUCAAGAGUUCCAAAAAGAGCUUUGACAUUUUAAAACACAGUUAGCAAACCUGUAUACUAGUAUACUAUACAAAUUAUAACAUCCACGUACAGACGCAACUGGACAAAAACACCCUUUUCAGUUUUAGGUUUGUUAUCACUAUAUUUAGGUUUUAGGUUUGUUAUCACUAUGCCUGAACUUUGUACUUCAUUUGGUGUAUGCAUACAAUUCCAUCCUAUAUAUUGUUUUGAAAAACAUAUUUGUUAGCUCAUUGUACCAUUGAGCGCAAAACAGCUUUUUAGCGUAGAAAAGGUAAGUAAGCCUUUAGCUUGAUUGAAAACGAAGCCCCCCAAAAAACAAUGCCAAACAACAUGAGUAUUUAAGCUUUGUGUUCUAGUGGGACUGAUCUGGAAUUGUCCAACUUUCUCUCUGCCUGUACUCGCUGUAAUCCAAUAGAAGUGUGUGUGCAUGUUGACCCUAAAGAGUAUAUUGUAGCUUGAAAAUACAGUCAGUGUAAUAGAGAAAAUGUGAUGAGUAAGCCCGUCUGAGACCAAAAUGACUUGAACUGCUGCUUUUGACUGGAAGCUAGCUUUUUGAUCUAGUUUGUAGUUGACUUCACUAUGUAUUUUGAAGCUCUUGCAUCAAGGAUUUGGUAGCAGUUGGAUACACACAGGACCCAACCAGAAAAAGGGCCCAAAAAGAAUCAAUGCCUAGCCCCUGUUCCCGCAGUGGUCAGGGUGGUGGAUCAGGUUUCUUGCACCCUGGAAAAAGUGUUUCAGCUCUACACAAGCGACGAGGGAGUAGGGGCUAGGGGUUGUUUCAGGACAGGUGCAAUAGCAUAGUAGGUUAGGGGUUCAUUCUAAAGUCUGGGUUAAAGCUAUAUCCCCUCAUUAGCUUUUGUUACGCAGAGGUGUGUUAUGGGCGAGAUCUUAGCAGAAUGUGUGUUGCUACUAGUUAACAGUAGGCUCGAAUCACACCACUCCCUUUAAGGUACUACACUACAUGUUUUCGAGAUGAGCCAUAUAGAUAUCUAUAUAUGGUUUCGAUAUGGAUUUAUCCUAGGCCAUACGUGAAUCGGGUGGUUCAGAAUCGGACACGUUCCAGGGUCGAGUAAAUGGAACCGGUUGGGGAAUUGAAAUGGCCAUGGUCUGGUUUGACACGGUGCCUUCUAGCUUAUAUGAUUCAUAAGCGUUUAUAUGUAUUGAUAUUUCUAAAUAUAUUGAUUAAUGUAAUCCAAAGUAAUACCAUGGGCUCUGUGUGGAGACUAGAGAAAUUGCAUUGGACCCGAAAAGCCCUGUCGUUGCUGUAUGUUUUUAUCAAAUGAUCUUAAUAUAAAGUAAAUACUGUUAAACACA